UAGCUCACAUUCUGGUUCUCUCUACACAACAUUAGCUAGAUGCAGAGUUUGGAAAGAUGUUUGAGGGAAAGGGAGAGAUGCAAAUCCGAAGAUGGGAAUCAUCGGUUAUUCCAAAACUGAAACGGAUUGCGGCUUUGGAGAAGGGGAGUAUAACCACUCUGUUGGAUCAGAAUCCAAACUGUAAUGAUGAUGAGAAGUGCUACACUAUGCUGCAAGUCCUGACACACUUGCUUCCGCCAACUGCAGGAAGAGGUGCAGUGUCAAGCCGGUGCAGUAUCAAAUCUGCUAUUUCAUAUCUGCUUGACUUUGUACCGUCUGGAACCAGGAUCUCCUCGCUUUGUGACACUGUUGACAUCGCUGCAAAGGGCCAGCAACCACAACUAGUCUGCAUCGGAAACCUGACCAGUGAAGUGCACCAGUUUGUCAUUGUUGCCAGAAACGACAAAGUUGUAAUUCCAUUGGAAGAUGAGAGCCUAACCUGUGCCUUGGAUAAGCUGUUCAAGUUCUACUGGGUCUACAACCUUUCGUAUCCUCCCCAGCUUGCUUCAGUUUUCAUCUUUCUGGAGUAUGUAUAUGACUUGCCAAUGUCUAACACUGCAAGAAGAUCUAAAGUCUUGGAGCUCAUCAGCAAGCUUCAGGCUUUAGCCUAAAUCAGCUUGUCAUGUACUCUUGUCCAAUAUGUAAAAAGCCAGUUAGCUCUGAGAUCAGGAGACUUCGCUGGCAUCUUCGUGCCGUACAUUCCCUAUCUGACGGACAGGACUACACCAUAUUUUGCAGCCAAAAUGGCUGUGUGCGUUCAUACCAUAACAUCAAUUCCUAUUCUAAGCAUCUUGCAAGAGAGCAUUCAUCAGGGGAUAGCUCACUAAACAUGGCUACCCAGCUUUUAGAAGAUGUGUCAGACAACCUUACAGAGGACAAUGCAGCAAAUAUCAGCAACAACACACAUUUGAUUCUUGAUGCAACAUCAGAUUGUGAAGAGGAUGCCAAUUUGUGUUCUGCUAAGUCUGAGGAUGCAGUUUCAGUCACCAGUCAUGCUGCUACGUUUGCUGCAAAGAUGUACUCUUGUUCUAAUGUAACAUUAAGUGAUGUACAAAGAAGUGUAAGUUGCACUAAAGAACUUUUGGACAGGACUAUUGACAGCCUUCAAGCAUCUACCACUGCUUUGCUCAAAAGCUUAGCUGUUCCAGAUGACAACGAGGGGGUUCGUUCAUUAAUGAAAGAGUUUGAGACUGCAAGAGAGUCCCUUGAGAAUAUAGAUAGCCCUUAUAAAAUGUCUAAAUUCUUUGAAACUGAGUACUCUCUUGUUAAGCCAACCGAGAUCUUCUUAGGCCACAGAGCUGAAACUAUAAGAAAAAAUGGUAUUGCACAACAAACACUUGCAGCUGAUACAUUUCAGUAUAUUUCCGUCCUCGAAACUCUAAAAUUAAUCUUUAAUAAUGAGAAAUUUCAGACCCUGUAUUUGCAGUCUCAUAGAAGUACAGAUGGAAAGAUGCGUGACUAUUGUGAUGGUGCUCAUUUUGCUAGACAUGAACUAUACAAAACACAUCCCGAUGCUCUACAGAUUCAGCUAUACUUUGAUGAUCUGGAGACAGUUAAUCCUCUUGGGUCAAAAACAAAGAUUCAUAAAAUGGGAGCAGUGUAUUUUUCAUUGAGAAACCUACCCCCUGAGUAUAAUUCAAGCUUGGCAAACAUUCACCUUUGCCUUCUAUUCAAUGCUAUUGACAGAGAAAAAUAUGGCUUUGCAAAGAUUUUUCAGCCUUUCUUAGAUGACAUAAAAAUCCUAGAGAGUCAAGGCAUUGACAUUAAGAUGAGAGGAGAAACACACAGUACACGGAAUGAUCUGCCUUUUUACUGCUGACAAUCUUGCUUUUCAUGUGCUGUGUGGCUACGCAGAAAGUUUUUCUGCUAACAGGUUCUGCCAUAUUUGCCUUGUUGAUAAAACAACUUCACAAAGUGUGUUCAAUGAAGAUGAUCUUGAAAAGAGAGACAGACACAAUUACCAGCAGCAUGUUGUGUUGAAUGAUGUCACUGUUACAGGAAUCAAACAAGACUCGUGCUUGAAUACUUUGGAAUACUUUCAUGUAACUGAAAAUGUAGGGGUUGACAUAAUGCAUGAUGUGCUUGAGGGUGUUGCACCUUUGGAAGUAAAACUUUUAC